AUGCCCUUCACAACUCGCCGCCGACCCGCAACCACCACAACAACCACCGCCCGGCCCUACCGCCGCAGCAUCUUCGCCCGGAGACAGCCUCGCGUCGUGCAUCAUCACCAGCAGCGAAAGCCCACACUCAAGGACAAGGUCACCGGAGCGCUUACAAGGCUCAAGGGAAGCUUGACUGGUCGUCCUGGCGUAAAGGUAUCUCCUGUUUGA